CUAUGCACGACUCAAACGCGAAUUUUCUCUCCUUCACCAGAUCACGCCGCAGAAAUGUCCGUACGGCCUAUACGCCGAGCAGCUCUCCGGAAGCGCGUUCACUUGUCCGCGCGAGACGAACCAGCGCAGCUGGCUGUACCGGAUCCGGCCGGCCGUCGCCCACAAGCCGUUCCGCCGCUUCUUCUGUCACAACAACGUGAGCGACGCGUGGGGCGACAACGACCCCAACCCCAGCCAGCUGCGGUGGAAGCCGUUCGACCUUCCGGCGGACGAUGCCAAGGUCGACUUUGUCGAGGGCCUGCACACGCUGGCGGGUGCCGGGGACGCGAUGACGAGGAACGGUCUCGCGAUCCAUAUCUACGCCUGCAACGCGUCGAUGAUUGAUCGCGCAGGUGCUAACGGGCUCGCGAACCCGCGCGACUUUCUCACGCCGCGCGCGUGGUUCGAGGAUCGGGACGUCGAAGAGUACGCCGUCGUCAACAAGUACCAGGGCCACCUGUUCGUCGCGCUCCAGGAUCACUCGCCGUUUGACGUCGUCGCCUGGCACGGCAACUACGCGCCGUACAAGUACGACAUGGAUAACUUCAUGAGCAUGAACACUGUCUCGUACGGACACGCCGACCCCUCCAUCUUCACCGUACUCACCUGCCCAUCAUCAAAGCCAG